CAGAGGAUCCCUCUUUUUCCAGCUCCAUCUGUGUGUGGGGACCACACUGGGAUGAUGGCCUCAGCUGGAGACCCACACAUUGCCCAGAAAGAUGCCGCUGACCAGAAUUUUGACUACAUGUUCAAGCUGCUUAUUAUUGGGAACAGCAGUGUGGGGAAGACCUCCUUCUUGUUCCGAUAUGCCGAUGAUUCUUUCACCUCAGCUUUUGUCAGUACCGUGGGCAUUGACUUCAAAGUUAAGACUGUCUACCGAAAUGAGAAGCGGGUCAAACUGCAGAUCUGGGAAGUUACUAUGGAAAUGGAAGAAUGA